AUGGUAACAGAGGAUCCUAACCGACGGUUGGUCUACCAACUUGAGGGCGUUGGCCUCAGCCUAUUUGUGGUCUCUAUUGUUGGUGGCGUCGUCUCUUUGAUUGUGGUGUGCCUGAGGACAUUGAUUCGACUGCGGGCGAAGACGUUUAGUUGGGAUGACGGCUUGAUGCUCGGUGGUUUGGUCGUUUACCUCGUCGAUGUCGCACUCGCCUGCAUGGGCGCGCUGAGUGGACUGGGCACGCGCAAUGCAGACCUCAGCUCAGUCAUGUUGGUCGAAUCGAUGAAAUAUUUGAUGAUUUGGAUGAUGCUCUACGUGGCAGUAUUGUGUACGAUCAAAACUUCGAUUUGCAUCACCACACUACGGAUCGCUACUACAAUGCCAAAGCUACGCACUGCCGUCUACAUCUUGAUGGGCCUUACUGUCGCCACAUUCUUCACAACCUUCGUCGGGAUCCUCUUGUUAUGCCGACCUGUGGAAGCCAAUUGGGAUACCAGCAUCGUGUUAGAGGGCCGUGGCGAGUGCUCGCCAGUAAGCUCUAUGUUGGCGCUGUCAUACACUUCAACCGUCAGCACCAUCGUUACCGACCUUGCCUGUGCCGUGCUCCCGGCUAUUAUUCUCUGGCAGACACAAAUGAAGCUCUCGACAAAGAUCAUGACUGCCAUUGGAUUCAUCGCCGGCUCCCUCCCUGCUUUACGACAAUUCUUCAUGCACCGUCGCUCGCCACGACCUACAACUUUGGGUCAAACAGAUGCAUCUCAUGGCCUCCACCCGGGAUCAGUUGGGCUUGUUACUAUUGGCGGCUCAGGAGUGACAUCCAAGAGCAAGAUACGCAAAGGUACAAAUUACGAGGACGACGAAGCAGGGCAGGGAGACUGGACGCGUCUCGAUGAAGACAGCGUCUCGGAGAAAGGAAGCACAGCACCUGUUCGGGGCAUUCGCAAGGACAUGACCUUCGAGGUUUCGUCUCUACCAGGACAGAAGAAUGGCCGGAGUAAAAACGGACCCAGCUCUGUGAGGCGUCUCGCUGUUGGCACCGAGGCUUGGGUUGGCUUACGAGAGCCGAACUCUCGUGGUCAGUACGACAACUACCUGAACACGUCUCUCCGAGUUCAUGUUCCUGGGAUCUCGUUAGAGAACAUCGCGCUGCAAAUCUCCAACACCCUUGUCAACAUUCGAUUCCAACACCCUGAGGUUGGAUGCUCCGUCACCUGGGCUACCGACCAAGAUCCUCCCUUCAUUUUCAACGCUGGCGACCAGAAUCUAGCAAACAGUCCUUUCCAUCAUCCUUGGGGCAAGGAAAUUGCCAACCUCAACGAGCCGGUCCUCGAUGCAUGCAAAACCAACGUGGAUGCAUUAAGAGAGGAUUAUGACAAGGCGCGAGAUGACUUCAUCACCGAGUUGCUCAGAAGUGCGGCCAUCUCGAAGGCCAUAAAGAGUCAGCUCGGACCCCAGUUCACCUUCACUCACCUCGGCCAUGCCGCCAUGGUGCUUGCAUUACUGCGAGUCAGCCCCUUAGCAGGAGAUGCCUCGGACGCCCUGUUUCUUUCCUCGCCCUUGCCAGUCAAUGGGAGGCGAUACUUAAGUGGCAGCAAUGCAAGUAUUCGUUAUGGGUCGUGUCAGGCGGGCGCGUCGGUGGAAUUUGCACCACUUCGAUCGUACGCUGUCGAUGAGAGCAAUCCUGAAGCAGUCAGAAUGACACUCGCAAGCCUGGCUCAUCAUGUCAGAAACAGCUAUCAGCAUUGGCUGACGAACGAGUUCCAAUUGGUCAUAGACCAAGUUAAGAGCAACUUUCUAGCGGGGUUUCUGGCAUCAGCGCCUUCGUCCUUCUCACCGACAAGCUUUCCGGCCUUCGUCAGCGAUGGCAUUGUCGACAACUACAUUCCAGGAGACGUUUUCGGCUCCAGCGAUGAAAAGAUCUACACCGUGGAGAGUUGCAAUUUCCACCUGACGACUUAUUCCUCUGAUGUGCUUGUUCGAAUGGACAGUUUCAAAGGCCAGACUAGUCUUUCUGUCUGUUUCAACAAUGGACGUCUUGACAAGAACCUCGCCAAGGCUUUCCUGAAUGCUAUAGUUGAUUUCAUGAUGGCAUUUGCAACUUGA